AUGGCGACCAAGCAUCUGGCACUUGCCAUCCUCGUUCUCCUUAGCAUAGGCAUGGCCACCGCUGCUGGAAGCCGCAAACUGGGUUACGGCCCCGGGGGAGGUGGUGGCGGCAGCGGUAGCGGUGGUGGUGGAGGCGGUGGCUAUGAGGGAUCAGGCUAUGGGUCCGGAUCAGGGUAUGGUGAGGGCGGUGGCAGUGGAGGUGCUGCUGGUGGGUAUGGACAUGGUGGUGGCGAAGGAGGCGGUGGCGGCGAGGGUGGUGGAGCUGGUGGCUCUGGGUAUGGCUCCGGCCAAGGGUCUGGCUACGGAGCUGGCAGUGGUGGUGCUGGUGGGUAUGGGAGUGGAGGUGGAGGUGGUGGUGGCCAAGGUGGUGGUUCGGGCUAUGGCCAUGGAGGCGGUGAAGGCUACGGCUCUGGCUCUGGCUAUGGUGGUGGUGGUGCUGCUAGUGGUGGCGGUGCUGGUGGUGGACAAGGUGGCGGUGGUGGCAGCGGCCAAGGUGGAUCUGGCUACGGCUCUGGCUCGGGGUAUGGGUCAGGUGAAGGAUAUGGAGCAGGUGGUGCUCAUGGAGGAGGCUAUGGAAGCGGUGGUGGCGGUGGAGGUGGCGGUGGCGGUGGUCAAGGUGGUGGCUCUGGCUAUGGAUCUGGAUCUGGCUCUGGUUAUGGAGGUGGCAACGGCAACGGGCACUAG